AGAAGAGAGAAGAAAGGGGACCUUACAAUAAUCAAUAUCUGUAGACUUCCCAGUUUUAUAAAGUGGUGUUUUCUCUUCAGAGGAAACGCUGGGUGAGUCUAAAUGCUGGUGAUGGAUUCACUGUCCCUCCUGCCAUACAGAUCACUGACUGAAAGAUUCAAUCCUUGAGUGUGGCUAUAUCCACAGACAGACUGGCUCAGUCCAGCAAGAGGGCAUCUGGAAGUUGAAUUAACUGCUGGUGAUUGUUGAGUAGAAAUAUACAUCUUUGAUCUUUCAUCAACCGACAACCUGAUAUCAAACAGCAAGGGGCAUGUCAAAUUCAUCAACAUUUCUUUAAUGAGGCGAGGAACUCUUAAUGGUAAACCAACAGCUGAGUAACAGGAUGACAGUACAACAGUAGGUAGAAAAUCAAGGCGCUGAGGUCAAAGCAUUGAGCCAACACCCACCUGGGAUGGGGUAUAAAAGGCCUAGCAGGGAAAGGGGUUGUCACACUCAGUGGCUCGGCCUUCACAGCUGCUCCGAAGCUCCUGUGCUACCUCAGCCCACACCAUGACCUCCUGCUACAUCAGCUCAUCCCGCUGUCUGGGCAGCACUCAGAUGCCCGAAGCUGCAAAUGUCUGCGGUUCCUGCAUUGACGUUGGGGGCCAGCCUGGGGCAGAGGCCAAGGCUGCCUCUCUGUGCCUGUCUGCCACCCUGGCACAUGCCAACAAGAUGCCUGUGGGGACAACUCCUCUGGGCCGACCCAGCCUCUGUGUACCCUACAGCUGCCAAACCGCUUGCCCCUUGCCAGGGACCCGCGACAUUCCCGGCAACAUCGGAGUGUGUGAGAACUAUGGGGAAGGCGCCCCGAACGGGCACGAGAAGGUGACCAUGCAGUUCCUGAACGACCGCCUGGCCAACUACCUGGAGAAGGUGCGUCAGCUGGAGCGGGAGAACGCGGAGCUGGAGACCAAGAUCCGAGAGUCGAGCAAAUGCCACGAGUCCAGCGUGUGUCCAGACUACCAGUCGUACUUCCGGACCAUUGAGGAGCUCCAGCAGAAGAUCCUGUGCAGCAAGGCUGAGAAUACCAGGCUGGUAACUCAAAUUGACAAUGCUAAGCUGGCUGCCGAUGACUUUAGAAUCAAGCACGAGAGUGAGCUGUCCCUACGCCAGGUGGUGGAGGCGGACAUGUGUGGGAUGCACAAGCUCCUGGAUGACCUGAGCCUGGCCAAGGCCGACCUGGAGGCCCAGCAGGAGUCCCUGAAGGAGGAGAUGCUCUGCCUCAAGAGCAACCACGAGCAGGAAGUCCACAUCCUGAGGGGCCAGCUAGGGGACAAGCUCCAGAUUAAGCUGGACGCGGAGCCCACCGUGGACCUGAGCAGGGUGCUGGACGAGAUGCGGUGCCACUACGAGGCCAUGAUGCAGACUGGCCGCAACGACGUGGAGCAGUGGUUCCGAGAUCAGUCCGAGAGCAUCAGCAAGCAAGACAUGUCCUGCUCCAAGGAGCUGCAGUGCUGCCAGUCGGAGAUCCUGGAGUUGAGGCGCACGGUGAACGCCCUGGAGGUGGAGCUUCAGGCCCAGCACAGCCUGAAGGACUGUCUGCAGAACUCCCUGUGUGAGUCGGAUGCACGCUUUGGCACGGAGCUGGCCCAGAUGCAGAUCCUGAUCCGUGAUGUGGAGGAGCAGCUGUCUGAGAUCCGGGCUGACCUGGAGCGGCAGAACCAGGAGUACCAGGUGCUGCUGGAUGUCAAGGCCCGGCUGGAGUGUGAGAUCAACACGUACCGGAAACUUCUGGAGAGCGAGGAUUGCAAACUCCCCAUCAAUCCCUGCUCUACGGCUGCUGCCUGUGUCCUUCAUCCAAGCUGUGUCCCAGCCACCUGCCCUCUCUAA